AGCGUCCAGCCGCCCUCUCCGCGUCUGCUCAACCCCAGGCUCCAGCCGUGAUCUCCGCGUCGCCGGCAUCUAGCUGUCGCGCCGGAGCCGGCUAGUGCAGUGCACCCCGGCGCGCGCCCCGAGUCCGGCCGGGCCCGGCAGGGAGAUGAACGCGCCGCUGGACGGCCUGUCGGUGAGCUCGUCUUCCACCGGCUCGCUGGGCUCGGCGGCCGGGGCGGGCGGCGGCGGGGGCGCGGGGCUGCGGCUACUGUCUGCCAACGUGCGCCAGCUGCACCAGGCGCUGACGGCGCUGCUGAGCGAGGCGGAGCGGGAGCAGUUCACACACUGCCUGAACGCCUACCACGCGCGCCGCAACGUCUUCGACCUGGUGCGCACCCUGCGCGUGCUGCUGGACAGCCCGGUCAAGCGGCGCCUGCUGCCCAUGCUGCGCCUGGUCAUCCCGCGCUCCGACCAGCUGCUAUUCGACCAGUACACGGCCGAGGGCCUCUACCUGCCCGCCACCACCCCCUACAGGCAGCCCGCCUGGGCCGGCCCCGACGGCGCAGGGCCUGGGGAGGUGCGCCUGGUGAACCUGCGGCGCGCCAAGGCGCACGAGGGCUUGGGUUUCAGCAUCCGCGGCGGCUCGGAACACGGCGUGGGCAUCUAUGUGUCUCUGGUGGAGCCGGGCUCCCUCGCUGAGAAAGAAGGGCUGCGGGUUGGAGACCAGAUUUUGCGCGUCAACGACAAAUCCCUUGCCCGAGUAACCCACGCGGAGGCAGUUAAGGCUCUGAAGGGCUCCAAGAAGUUAGUGUUGUCAGUGUACUCAGCGGGCCGCAUCCCAGGCGGCUACGUCACCAACCACAUCUACACCUGGGUGGACCCUCAGGGCCGCAGCACCUCCCCACCUGCCGGCCUGCCCCAGCCCCAUGGCAGUGCCCUGAACCAGCCUGAUGGGGACCGCAGGAGCACCCUGCACUUGUUACAGGGUGGGGAUGAGAAAAAGGUGAAUUUGCUGCUGGGUAACGGCCGCUCCCUGGGCCUUACCAUCCGAGGGGGCGCUGAGUACGGCCUGGGCAUCUACAUCACCGGCGUGGACCCAGGCUCGGAGGCAGAAGGCAGUGGGCUAAAGGUCGGGGACCAGAUUCUGGAGGUGAACGGGCGGAGCUUUCUCAGCAUCCUGCACGACGAGGCAGUAAAGCUGCUCAAGUCCUCGCGACACCUCAUGCUGACAGUGAAGGACGUUGGGAGGCUGCCGCAUGCCCGCACCACCGUGGACGAGACCAAGUGGAUUGCCAGUUCCCGCAUCGGGGAGAUCGCCACCAACUCAGGGUUUCCUGGGGACCUCACAGCAGAAGGGACGCACAAGCCUGGAUUUUACAGGGGCCUGGCAGGCUCACAGGUGACCCUCAGCAGCCUGGGGAACCAGGUGCGCAUUCUGCUUGAGGAGCAGGCCCGGCACCUGCUGACGGAACAGGAGCGCGCCACCCUGGCCUACUACCUGCAGGAGUACCGCGUGGGCAGCGUCUCGGUGGACGCCCUCACCAUGGCCCUGUUCGAGCUACUCAACACCCACGCCAAGUUCUCACUCCUCUCAGAGGUGAGAGGCGUCAUCUCCCCGCAAGACCUGGACCGUUUUGACCAUCUGGUGCUGAGGCGUGAGAUCGAGUCCAUGAAGGCACAGCAACCCCUAGGCCCCGGGGCCGGGGAUACCUACUCCAUGGUCUCCUACAGCGACACGGGUUCCUCCACGGGCAGCCAUGGCACCUCCACCACCGUCAGCUCGGCCAGGGAACGGCUGCUGUGGCUUAUAGACCUGAUGGAGGUACCUUCCUUCCUGAGGAACACUCUGGACCUCGAGGAGACUGGCGAAGCCGUCCAGGGCAAUGUCAAUGCCCUCCCAGAUGUGUCCGUGGAUGACGUCAAACCCACCUGCGAGGGGCUGCCCAGCUGUAAGCCGCCACCUCCCCCACCCGCUCUGGGCCAGCUGAAGAAGCCAGGGAGAGAGGACCCCCCAGCGCCCUCCUCAGCCUCUUCCCACUCGGGCAUCGUCUUCUCAGUUCCCAGGACCCGCAGCCCACCGGCAGGCACCGCAGCCACCCUGGGGACUCCCUCUGCACAGGACUCGCUCUCCUCCCCCAUCUACGCGUCUGUCUCCCCUACCAACCCCGGCUCCAAGAGGCCACUAGACGCCCACCUGUCCAGGGUCAGCCAGCACCCCAUCGGCCCCUUCCCUCGGGUCCAAUCACCCCCUCACCUGAAAAGCCCACCAGCUGAGGCCACGGGGGCCGGGAGCUGCCUGCCACCACUCUCGCCCUCUGGCCACCCGGACCAAGUGGGCAGUAACCAGCACUUCGUCAUGGUGGAGGUCCACCGGCCAGACAGCGAGCCUGAUGUGAACGAAGUGAGGGCACUGCCCCAGGCACGCACAGCCUCCACGCUCUCGCAGCUCUCAGACAGCGGGCAGACCCUGAGCGAGGACAGUGGCGUGGACGCUGGGGAGGCCGAGGCAAGCGCCCCAGGUCGGGGCAGACAGACAGCAUCCAAGGGCAGAAAUAGCAAGGAGCUACCCCGGAGCGAGAGGACCCCAGAGGCGGCCAGCAAACCACCUGGACUGCUGGAACCCACGUCUACCCUGAUUCGCGUCAAGAAAAGUGCAGCCACCCUGGGCAUCGCCAUUGAGGGGGGUGCCAACACACGCCAGCCCCUGCCUAGGAUCGUCACUAUUCAGAAAGGCGGCUCAGCCCACAACUGUGGGCAGCUCAAGGUGGGCCACAUAAUCCUGGAGGUGAACGGGGUGCCACUGCGGGGCAAGGAGCACCGUGAAGCUGCCCGCAUCAUCGCUGAGGCCUUCAAGACCAAGGACCGUGACUGCAUCGACUUCCUAGUCACCGAGUUCAACGUGAUGCUCUAGGGCCUCACCUACCCGGGCCCUAGACCCUCCCUGCUCCUGGCAUCAGCAGGGGCUUAGAUAACUUGGAGCUACAGGGUCAGGGUAACAGGAAGACAUCCCUCUCUCCACCCCAGCCCGCUGGACCAGCUCCUGGAGAAGAUGAGACCCGGACAGUGCAGACAAAAGGGUGGGGCGGGAGCUGUGUGCAGA